AUGAGCACCACCAGCACCCCAAGACAUCGACCGAUAUCGUUUGUGGGGAAGUGGCUGGAUACGAUAGAAGAAAGACCGGCACCACAGUCCACUAGCUACCCCCGCCGCAGCCCUAUACCGUCGGCCAGUUCCAACCUCACCGGGUCCACACUCGUUUGGCCACGCGCGCGGCAAGAUACCGGCAUCACUCAAGACACUCGUGUGGUCGUCGUCAAGUCGCCGCGCCCUAAAAAGAGCAAAAAAGACGCCUUCUGCGCCAUCUUCCGCAGCUGGAAAGCCACCCUUACCACGCGGACGACGAGCCAUGAAACCUUCCCAGCGACCGUUCGCGAAAACCCCGAGCUCGCCAUUGCAGAGCUCAGCUCGCAUCUGUCUGCCAACUUUGCAGUCUUAAUCGAGACGGCUCUGCGGAACAGCCCGUCGAAAGCGCUGUCCGCUCGCCGCAUAUGCAAGGAGAUCAUGCGAGCGGAUAAUUGGUACCGAGCCCACGAGAAUCUCGGCUGGCAGGAGAGUGUCGCACGCGAACUCUCCUUGAGCCCUUCGUUCCAGCCGGUGAUCGAAUGCCGUGAGGGUAGGGUUAGGAACAAGGGGGUGAAGUGGCAACUCACCGCGGUCGAUGUUUCUCUUGCACCUGCGACUGCUCCCUGGCGGCCACCGCAGGAUUCGGUUCCCUAUCCACUGGAGCUGUCGACUGAAGUUGAAGCUACCGAGAGGCAGACGGAGCCAUCUCGCGCUGAAAACAGUGACACGCCGCAACCUCGUCGUCCGUCUGCCGGACUGCCUGCCCUAGCGGCACUUGCCUCUGCGUCUCUACUAUCAUCGGCACUGCCCCUUCAUCCUGAGGAAGAUACAAUCCCGAAGGAUGAGGCUCUGGUAUCUGGGUUUUCCAAGCGGUUGUUCUUUACGGCACCUGGUCCUUCUCGUAGUCCCGCGAACAUAUCAUUCAACGAUGCGCCUCCGCCUUCGCACCAGUCUGAUACUCCAACGGUGCCGCCGCCUCUACGGCCUCCACCACCCAGCCUAGACAUCCCCGAGUCUCUGCCGGUCCAAGUGGACAGUAGCGCACGCCCAAGCCCAGCUUCCUCAACUGCGCUCUCGGCAGACCCCCUGGCCACUGCUGAUGCCAGCUCGGUGCAGGUCUCUACACCCAGCAGCUGCGCCCAGCAGCUGUACGAUUCCCCUCUUCCCAUUACUGCAGCAGUGCGAGUUCUUAAACACAACAUUCAUUGCAUUGAGAAACGGCUUUCCUUGGUUGAGAAUACUACGAUCCAGCUGUUACAGAAGUGGGAAAUGCCGUCAGGCCGUGGCCCAAACCUGAUAGUCCCCGCGCACUCACUUGGGAGCUCUAUAUAUUCUCGCUGCAAUCCUUCCAACGGCUCCAUGCUUUCUCCGGGCAAUUAUAAUCCAAGCUUCUCCCAGUCUAACAACUCUCUGUCAAACUGUCCCCCGCUUGGCUCGUCCACGGCCGUAACCACUAGGACACCCUCAGAAAAGGCACCUAGUGAGGAAUUCCCUUCGCCGGAUUUCGAUGUACUUUUGUCCUUCGAAAACCCAGAUAAUCCACGUGCCGGUGCAACCAACGCCGAUGAUGAUGGCGGCCUAGUCGAGGACCGCUUUAUGCCCGACCUGGACCUCGAAGCCUGGAACGAGGAGCAUAACGGAGCACUCGGUGUUUUGGAGAAGGAGAGAUUGGGUACAGACAAUCCCACUAUCUUGGAGUACAGUGAAGGAUCCGGGCCAUAUUUCGACGAAACAGCCGCGAACCCUUGGAGGCUUUCAUCCAGCAACGGCGCGAAACAGAUCCAGACUACUCCCAACCUCUCCCUGAACUUUUACAGGCCGCUGCAGACUACCAAGCGGACAAGAUUGCAGCCUACUACCUGGAGAAUGACUAGUCGAAUAAAAGCGGUCGAUAUCAAUUACUAUGUGCUUUGGUAUGAAAAUAUUCUUGACACAAAGGCCCCCAAUAAUCAGCUUGACUGGGUUCGCGACGGUAGACUUGUUGUCUCGGUAUGGAGCACAGUUGAAGGACAGAAUGCAAUUGUUGAGGCAGCAAUUGAUAAUAACUUAGAUAUGGUACAAUAUCCCUUCUCAAAGGGGCCUGAUAUUGAUGAAGUCGGGAUCAAAGGCCCGGCGGGUGACGAGUCUUAUAAUGAUAUGGGAAUUCCCCUUCAUCAGGCUGCUACAGAUGGAUACACAGAGAUGGCGCUUUUCUUGGCCGAUGCAGGAGCUAACACCCAUCUUAAGGAUCCCAUGGGACGUACCGCAGAAGACCUCGCUCUGGAAAAGGAUCAUACAGAGAUCCUAACGCUCUACGCCGGAAAACGGGUACCAUGA